AUGACUUCUAUGAGAGGUUUAAGUAAAAAAGGUGAUCUAGAAAUAACUUUACUGGACACAAAAGGAAUUAAAUCUGGUGAUAUUUUCUGUAUCAUUGAUCUACCACCAAAUAAACCAUUCAAAACACAUCUCUUUAAAGGUCCAGAUCCUACUUUUAAUGAAAAGUUUACAUUAGAUUUGAUGACCUUAAAUGAUGAAGAGAUUACUAUUGUUGUAAAAGAGCAAAAGCCGGCUGGAUCUAAAUUUCUUGGACAAAUUCAGAUUCCAAUCAAGGCACUCUCGAUCACACCUACACCACAAGCUUAUUUCCUAACGGAUCGUCCGCUCAAAGCUGGAAAGACACCAAAGGUUGUUACCGGUAGUAUCCAAAUACAACUGGGUUUCGUUCAUCGCUACCAAAAGAAAACCAAAAAGAUACCAUCGCCAGAGAUGAAGAGUACCAGUCCAGUACAAUCCGUGCCACCUUCAUCGAGCAGCAGCAGCAUCUCUGACAAUCGCUCGACAUACUCGAGCUCCGAUAGUCUCAAUUCCACCGACAGCAUUUCAUCGAUGCUCGAAGCAGGCGGUAGUCUUUCGUCGAGAUCCACCACCGAUGACAUUGAGUAUAGUCGUGAGGAGGCUGUCAUAAUCGAUGAGACUCUCAAGGACAAAGAGUCGAUCGUCAUGAAGCAGUUGACUCAACAGAAGAACUUCAUCAAGCAAUACGGUGAAACCAUUCGUAAGCGUGAGCGAGAAGGUGAUAAAACGAUUGCCGGUGAUAAGAUCAAGAUUCAACAGAUGCAGAAGGAACUGGAUGAAAUGGAGAAACUCGUUACCCAAUCGACUCCUUCGUUGCAACAGAUGACCAAUUCACUGCUGAGUGAUAUUGAAGGACUGUCGAGAUCGACCUCCAAGAGUACAAUGCGUGUUGCCACUGUCAAGUCGGUGAGAGCGCCAGCCACUCUCUCUAGUCCUGCCUCAAAGGUUGAUAUUUCCACAUUCAGUUUCGAUGCAGCAGAGAAUGAAAAGAAAAUUAGAGAAGGUUUGAAUCAACAGAUCAAACAGCUUCAACGAGAGAAUGAAAGACUGGAGAAUUCAUUACACCAAGAGAAGCAGCUGAGUAAACAAGCAUCGGAUUUGACAUUGAAGCUGAAGGUGUUGGAAGCAGAGAAUAUAUCGUUGGUUCAAGAGAAAUCUGUGUUGGUUGGUCGUGCCAGCAUGUUUGAGAAGGAAGUCGAAAAGUUGGAGAAAGAGAUUGAGUAUGAACAUGGUUUGAAAAAGAAAGAGUCCAGUCGAAAGGAAGUCGAGCGUGAUGAAGUACGUAGACUUUCAAAGGAAUUGGAACAAUCGGAAAACAGAAAUAAAUUACUUCAAGGUGAAUUGGAGAAUCAGAAAGAAUUGAACAAGCUGGUCAAAGACAAGCCAACACCAACACUCUCACAAAGCACUGGUUCGUCCGACAAAGAUUCAGAUGCACUUAGAUACAAGAUAAAGAUGCUCGAACUCGAGUUGGAUGCUGAGAAGAAGUCGCGUGAAUUCGACGUUAAGCGAGUGAAGCACUAUGAACAAGAGUUGGAGAAAUCCGGAAAGAUGGUGAUUCGUUUGGAGGCAGAGAUGGAGAAACAAGAUUUGGAGUUGGCGAGCUUGAAGAGAAGUAUUGAACGAAAGGAUCGUGACAAUGUUGAAGAGCGGCUGAAUGAAGUGAUUCGUAUCCUCACUGUAUUGGCUGGUAAACCAGACGGUGCAGCACUCUCCUCGUUGGCAGCAAACAGCGACAACACAGUGUUGGGUCGUAAAUUGAAGGAGUUGACUGAGAAGGCACAACAACAAACCAUCAAGAGCAAAGAGAUGGAGGUGGAGUUGGAGUCGGUCCGUCAACAAAAGAUACAAGCCAUGAUUCAGAAGCAAAGAGACAUGUCCGAAGAGGAAUACUUUGAGUACUACGAAGAGGAGAGAUCGAAUAUCGGUGGUGGUGCUGGCAGAUCCGGUAUGCUGCAAGCGAACCACAGCGACCAAAUAUCGGUGUUGGUUAAUAAGCUGGAAAAGUUGGACAAACUCGAAGAUCUAAUGAGAAAACUCGACAAUAUGAAGUCGAUGGUUCCAGCCGGUCAGGAUCUCGCUGUCAGUGGUAGAAGAACACAUGCUGCCAUCAAAGCGGAACUCCAAUCAAUCCAAACUAUCAUUAUGAAUGAGAAGACACCGGAUAAAGAUAGAGAGGAGGCAAACAUUCGCUUUGAGAAAGUCUAUCAGGAACUCAGCCAAACGGAAGAGCAUAAGCGUGAACUUCUUCAGAUCCAAGAGGAUAAGCGCAAGGUGAAUGACCCACUCAACCAGAAGGCACUGGCCAAACUACAGCCAACCUACGCCGCUGCCAACAUUGAACGUACUCCAGAGUUGAAAGAUCGUGUCAAAGCCUAUCCAGAGUUACUCUUGAUUGGUUUGGACAGUAAGAUCAUUGCAUCGAAACAUCAAAACGAUUUCCAAUCUUACUUCCUCACCAACUGUACAUUAGAGGAGCUGAGAGCGAUCCGCGCUUCAUUGCCCAAAUGGAGAGCGGAUCAGAAGAAACAAAUGGAAUGGACCAUCUCGCUGGAGAACAAGAUUGAACAAUACUCAAAGAAUCCACCUCCACAAAGACCAGUACCAAAGAUUGAAAAACCAAAACUCAAACCAUCGUUGGUCAAGCCAAUUAGCAGCAAUAACAACGCAGGAGGACAAGAUUCGGUUAUGGCAGAGUUACUCAAGAGAAGAAGAAAGAUUGAUUGA